GAAGGUACACGAUGUGGACUGUGACAUGAGCAGCUAAAAAUGGGCACACUGGGUAUCUGACAGGUUUAUUCGGCAUGAUAAGCAAGGAAUCUAUUUGGAAAACAUUUAUGUAGAUCAGCAAAACGCUAACACCAGAAUGAGAGCCGCUCCGGGAUAGGCGACUUCAGUUUAGGUUUAUUUUAUAUCAUUUUGUCAUCCUGAACAUUUCCAUGAUUCCAGGAAGGGAAUUUUCGACAUAACUUGAACCAAAACAAGACCAUGGCGUCGCACACUACGGACGAGUGUGAUAUAGUGAUGAGCCUGAAUGCUUCAGAGCGCUGUACCUUUGUGAAGAAUACCUCAGACUGUAAUUCAGAGGACAGCUUCAUCAACUACAUCCAUGUGGCCUUCUGUCUGCUCCCCCCCAACUUCACUUCUCUCACCGUCAUCCUUUGUAUGAUAUGGCUGGUUUUUCUAUUUAUUAUUCUUGGACUUACUGCGUCAAAGUUUUUCUGUCCCAAUCUCUCGGCCAUCUCCACCAGUCUGCACCUCACUCACACUGUAGCUGGUGUGACGUUUUUGGCCCUUGGUAAUGGGGCUCCAGACAUCUUUAGUGCAAUGGCAGCGAUCUCUCAUCCACACACAGCUGGACUGGCUGUGGGAGCCUUAUUUGGAGCGGGCAUUUUUGUUACCACAGUUGUUGCAGGCAGCGUGGCACUGGUCAAGCCUUUUGCUUUGGCGUCACGCCCCUUUCUCCGUGAUUUGAUCUUUUAUAUGUCUGCAGUGUAUUGGACUUUUGUUAUUCUGUAUAGAGGGACCAUUUCACUGGGAGAGACACUGAGUUAUCUUGGCCUCUAUGUCGUGUAUGUACUGACAGUUAUUAUUAGUACCAUUAUCUACAAUCGACAGAAACAUUCAUUGAAUUCAGCAGUUCAAACAGCUCCACAAGUGCCAGAGUAUCAGUCAUCUGACACUUCUGAUGAUGAGGAGAUACCAUCUUUAAAUCCCAGGUUUAUCCCACAUGAAUAUGAGACAGAAUACAGACCACUUUUGCCAUAUUCAGAGUCAACAAGUCAUAUCCUGCUCUGCUCUCUAAAUCCCAUUGAGAACAGUAAGUGGAGGAGAAAAUCUACUAAAUGGAAAGUGCUUAAAAUAUUGAAGACACCUCUGGAGUUUCUCCUGCUGCUCUGUAUACCUGUUGUUGAUCCAGAUAAAGAAGACAAAAACUGGAAGCGCCCACUGAACUGCCUUCACCUAAUCAUUGCUCCACUCGUGUGUGUCUUUGCUUUCCAGUCUGGAGCCUAUGGAGACUUCAUGAUACAAGGGCAGUUCCCUCUUUGGCUUCUGUUUUUACUCCUGGGUUUUUUCUUGUCUGCGAUUGUCUUUUGCACUACGAAAAAUGACCAUCCUCCGUCAUACCAUCCUGCUUUUGCCAUUUUAGGAUUUGUGACCAGUGCUUUGUUAAUCAGUGCUGCAGCUUCUGAAGUGGUCAGUCUUCUGCAUAUGCUGGGUGUAGUUCUGGGUCUCAGCAACACUGUGCUUGGACUGACUCUGCUGGCCUGGGGUAACAGCAUUGGAGAUUGUUUUUCUGACAUCACCCUGGCCAAACAGGGUUACCCGCGGAUGGCUAUAUCUGCCUGCUUUGGUGGGAUCAUUUUCAACAUGGUAUUUGGGGUGGGCCUAGGAUGUUUGGCACAGAGAUUUCAGACUCAUGCUGAAGUGCAGAUUGAACCGGAGGGCGAUCUGCCAUGGGUCCUUGCAGCGUCCCUGGGUUUGUCUCUGGUUUUCUCGUUCAUCGUUGUGCCACUGAGGAACUUCCAUGUGGGGAAGCCCUAUGGAGUGUUUCUGCUGAUUUUCUACGUAAUGUUCCUUACUGUUGCACUUCUUACUGAGUUUCACAUUAUUAAGUUUAAACACUGA